CGUCGCUUCUGUGCUGCCAGAAGGAAUUUGAAGUGUUCGUGUGUCCUGCGGCUUCUAUGGUCGGUUCAUAAUAGAUACUUAGUAUCGGUGACGAGACAGCCUUUGCCUUGUUGCAGCAAACUUUCCUGGUCGGUCAACGUCCGUGGUUUUUUUUGUACAGAAAAGAAGAAUUAGAAUUUGCAUAUGCAUAAUUUCCCUCAUCGGUUUCGUUCUUCCACUUUUUCGUGCGCUGUGGUUUCUGAUGAUUUUUUCAAGACAAAAUCGUUUUCAAUUUUUUCAAGUUCGUCGUCCGUCGCCGUCGUUGUUCGUUUUUAGACAAGCACAUGCUCCUUUUCGGGACACUCUGAACUAAUUUUUUUGUCUUCGGAAAAAAAAGAAUACAAUCGCAGCUACUCCCCUCAGAAGUUAUAAGUAGAUUAUGUUUGGACCCUGUAAAAAGUAAACCCGCACUUCUUUCAUCGUCUGGAAGAUUAUCGGAAAGUUGAGUAAAGAUCUCGGCGCUAACUAAAGGUCACGGUAUCGUCACUUUACGACACCACUUGUUGCCUCAGUUGCAAAUAACUUCGAAGCGGCAGUAGACCUAGUACUGUCAAGAAGAACAGAACAACAAUGGCACACGUCGAGCGCAUAUCAAAUGUAAAAAUGUCUGGGUCUGGAAGAAUGCAACUUGUCAUGCUAAAUCUGAAGCAUUGAAAAAUCUGUGUUGCAUGAUUGCCAAAAGUGGUCCAGUUUUGACCAAGUCGGGAGGGAGUUUCUCAUGCAGGGUAGGCAUGAGAGAGAUCGCGCAGAAUCUGUCAUGCUAGGUCCUGCAUUCCAGACCUCGUGUGUCAUGGAAAAGCUGCAUGACAAAUCUGACAAUCUUCCAGACCCAGACAUUUUUACAAUCCAUAGCGCAAGAAGCGACCGCUAGAUGAGCAUCUGGUGACGCUUCUCCAGACCGCAGACCCGCCGACGCGCGAGGAAUACGCAGUCAAGAAGGUCGAGCUCGCACGAAAAAUGGACCGGUUAGAAUUCGUGUCCAAGGCCCGGAUGAAGUUCAUCAAGAAUCUGCACGAGAACAACGAAAAGAAAGUGGACGCCAUCCUGUGCCGACCACCGGGAAAACUUGCGGAAGUACUUACUACAACACCCUCCGUCGAUGGGUUUACUUUGUUUUUUUUUUGUACGUGAGCUGCGCUCCUGGGUAUUAAUUAGUUGGUACAUCCUUCUCGAUGAAGAGCAGAAGCCUGUGUUUCGCUGCAGGCUCUGAGCGUUGCAACAGAUGAAUUCAUUGGAGUACUAUAGCUAUCGAGUCAAAAUGAAAAUCGUUUUCCAGGUGUCUAAGCAGGGACUUGUGCAGGCGGACGCUUUAUUUGAGACGCUGAAGCAGGAUGCGCUGAAGAAGAAGUCGAUUCCAAAACGGCUGGAUAUCGUCCACAAUUACUGCGUCCAUCUGGAAGUGCAGCAGAGCAGAGGUAUUUCGUCCACUUGCGGUUUUGAAUUUCCUGCAGUCACUAUUAUAGACGAGUUCGUUUUGCAUCGUACAACAUGCAAGGGAACUACUUAUCGUGUUUCUGUUUGAGUAUGACUACACGAUAACUAAGAAUUUCCUGGAUCAAGAAAAAUACAUCAAGAGGACCAAAGCACCCCUUGUUAGAAGAAAUGCAAACGAAUGACGAAGCGAAUGCAGUAAAACCACGCGACCACAACAGGCAUGCAAACGCCGGAUCAAAUGGAUCCCUUGCCAUCGCCGGAGUUGUUUCAGGACAUCAAUUUUAUGGACAUGAAUCCCACCUACACCGACUUGUUGAACAACGAACCCUCGCCGUUUAAGCCGGCGGAUGGAGCCACGCGCGACCCGCUCCUCGCCGUCUGCUUGCUCCUAUGAGAGUGAGUGUACUACAACUCCCCCUCCCCCUCUGUCAUGCGAAAACGCAAUUCCAUUUCCAGCCACUGCCUCACAUCGCUAUCUUGCAUAACGGACUUGGGAAUCCAAACAGUACUAUAAUAGUUCGCACGCAUUGUAAUAUAGUGAUUUGUCAUGCAGAUGCCACUUUUCUGAGUCUGACCUGAUCUCUAUUGCUGUUCUUGGCUCCUUCAAAUGAGGGGGAGAGGGAGUUGUGCUCACUGAUAGCUCCAGCCGUACACGCCGCCACCGCAAAUCGUCGAGGCGCAGCAGCGGGCAAAAGCACGCGCGGUCGAGCAAGUGGCCGAGCAGAAGCGCAUCGAGAAACUACUCGCGCGCAAGGAGAAGGAGCGGUUCGCGGCCCUAACUGCGUGAAGCAGGACGUUAGUUGUAUAUAUUCUCUAGUUGAUGUUGAGACGAGGAAUCUAUAUGUAGUUUAAUUGAGUUUGAGUAAGUUAGAAGUAGAAGAGCUCCAACCCAGUAUGUGUGCCCAGGUCAUUUCGCACAGCCCCUCGCAUCCCAUUCAUUGCUGAGAUCCUGUUACAAAUUUCUACAAAAAAACUGUACCCCAUUUUUUGUUGUUAGAAAUGUUGGAUCCCUAAAUCAUACGGACAUUAAAGUGAGACGUGCUUUUUCCGCGACAACCCACGAGGCUCUACUUCUCUCGGAUUUUCCCUUUUUACACUAAACCAGUUCCCUUUUAAAACGAGUCAAAAAUAAUUUGCAUCUGCACUGAGGCAAGUAUCUCAGCAAGUGCAGGCAUCAGUCAUUUGCAUUUUUAAGCGAGUCACGUGUAAGCAUUCGGGAUUUUGGGGACUCCCACAGCGGAGGUCAAUGCAGUGCCAUCAAAAAAGAAGGACUUUGUCAUGCUACAUAAGCAUCAACUCGAACGGAUCUGAAAACCUUGUACACCAGUUUGUCAAAUGUCAUGGUAAAGCAUCAAC